AUGCAGGCCGCGAAACUGCUGUCGAAGGCGGACGUCAUCAUAUACGACGACCUCGGCGGAUCCACGGUCCUGGACCUCGCGAAGCGGGGCGCCAGGCUGGUAGACGUGGGCAAGCGGGGAGGAAAUGCGCGGAGCUGGAAGCAGGAAGAGAUCAACCGGCUGCUCGUCGACAGCUGCGAGCCUGGAGCGUGCGUGGUCCGGCUGAAAGGCGGCUGUCCGUCCGUGUUCUCCCGGGCCUCCUCGGAGCUCCGCGCGCUCGCGGCGCACGACAUUCCCUUCGACAUCACCCCGGGCGUCUCCUCCGCGCUCGCAGCGCCCCUCCUCGCGGGCGUCCCGCUCACCGACCGCGACGUCGGGCGCGCGUUCGCGGUCGCCAGCGCCCACAGCCCCGCGGCGCUCAACUGGGCCGCCCUCGCCGGGAUCGACACCGUAGUGCUGCUCAUGGCGGGGAGAAAGCUCGCGGAGGCCGCCGACGCGCUCCUGGGGCAGGGGCGGCCGCGGGACGACCCCGUGCUGGUCGUGCGCAGCGCCGGCGUCGAGGGGGCGGAGCGCGGGGAGUGGAGGUCGACGCUCGGCGCCGUGGCAGCGGACCUGGCGGUGGAAAUUGCCUCCGGGGCGCUGUCGCCGUGUGUGGUGGUGGUCGGGCGGGUCGUGGACGCGGUGCCGCGGCAGUGA